CCAUCGUCUGCUGCGAGGGCUAUCACAUAUCGUUGUUAUUAGCAGAUCAGUCAACCACAUCGACAUGGUUAUCGAUUCUGACUCGACAUACAACGUACAUACCAUCAAUCAUGCUCAGACGCUUGGCCUCGACCUUUUCGACUCCCGCGGCUACACCAGAACGAUCGACCUCGCCCGAGACACCUGCAGUCGAUCCCAACACCCAUGCCGGGCGAACUGCAGUCGAACAUGACCUAGCCCACGCACUUCGGGCACACGGUGUCCCGACGACGGACGAGGACUGUUUCGCAUGUGAUGCUGCCUGCCAGGACGAUGGACCCCAAUACGAUGGCUACCCGCGGGGUUUCGACGUUGACUGGAGCAGUGAUCUCCUUGGCAGUGCCAACCCGGCUCCCCGUAAUCUUGUCGUCUCGACCGCCCGGUCUGACUGGGCGCACGACCACACAACCGAUACCUCGACCCUAUCAUAUCACCUCCAGACCAUCCUGAACGCCGAGCGCGGAUUUCCACCACCUGGCACUCCCAUCGAUCCUCCACCAGCCAAGGACAAGUCGGCCAAAGAGGCUCCCAAGCCAGCACCUGAACCCGUCAAAGACAACAAACCGCCUGGUCAGAUCGAUCUCGUCAUCGGAAAGAACGGUCUUCCUCAAGGUCUCUCGGAAACACCUCGGGCCGAGCUCGAACCCUCGUCCAUCGACGCUAAGCAACCACCCACGAGCUUGUUCUCAUCCUCGCUCAUCUCCCAAUCGUCAGACGAACACAAGGAGAGCAUUUUGAUCUUUCCGGAGUGGAAAGUCAUCUGCGAGGUCCCUAAUUCGAGCUCCGGCGCCAAGGAUGUGUUGGCAGGAUUGAACGGCCAGGCGAACGAGCUGAAGAGCUGGACGUUGCCGUACAGGGCAGUGGUCUUGCUCUGCAGUCACAAGAAACGAGACAAGCGGUGUCAUAUCGCCGCACCACUUUUGGAAAAGGCCCUUGUACACGAACUCGAAUCGCAUCACGUCUCGAUCGACACACGUGGAGACUCGUUGAACCCUCAUCAUCUCUUGGACAUGCACGCUGCGCUUCCGCGGGAAGGAGAAGCCGGCGAGAGGGAAGCCAGGUUGAGAGCGAUCGAGGGGCUGGACGAUGAGACGGGGAGCGGUGAAGUUGGGAUUUUCAAGAUCAGUCAUCUGGGCGGGCAUCGGUACUCUGGGGUCAUGAUCAUCCUCUUCCCGUCCGGCGCGACCCUCUACUACGGCCGAGUGAGCCCGAAAGAUAUCCCGCAGGUUGUCAAGCACACCAUCCUUAAAGGCCAGGUCAUCGCGGGACUCUUGCGUGGAGGUAACAAUGUCGUCAGAGACGAGCUGAAGGGAGAUUCGGCAGGAGCUUGUAACAAGAAGGGCAAGUCGUUGAUAACUUGGUAGACCUGUACGAAGAUGGGUAAGGAACGGCAAGAGAGGUCGAUAUCAUAGCAUUCUCGCCUAUGUAGCUAUAUUUACAAUUCUUCUUCUUGAGCCUUCGAGCGGCUGU